GUCCGUGAACACCUUCAAAGUUGACAAACAUUCUCUUCUCGUUGACUGAUUCCAUCACCGGGCCGGGCAGAUAACACAAAUAUAAACUUUCUAAGGAUCGGGCCAAAAAUAGAACCUUUUUGAAUUCUUAAACCUUUUCCUAAUACAUUUUACAAUGUCCGUUACGCUUCACACCGACGUUGGAGACAUCAAACUGGAACUGUUCUGUGAAGAUUGUCCAAAGAAUUGUGAAAACUUCUUAGCCCUCUGUGCGAGCGAUUAUUACAACGGAAGUAUAUUCCAUCGAAACAUCAAAGGGUUCAUCGUUCAAACUGGAGACCCCAGCGGGACAGGAAAGGGUGGCCAAUCGAUAUGGGGUCGCAAAUACGAGGACGAAUUUAAGGAAAGCCUGAAGCAUAACGAACGUGGUAUGGUGUCGAUGGCCAACAAUGGACCCAACACCAAUGCAAGCCAAUUUUUUAUUACGUACGCGGCGCAACCUGCGUUAGAUCUGAAGUACACGCUAUUUGGCAAGGUUAUUGACGGUUUUGAGGCAUUAGAUGAGCUGGAGAAGCUGACGGUGAAUCCCAAAACGUACCGACCGGUGGUUGAGAAGAAAAUAAACAGUGUCACAAUUCAUGCAAACCCAUUGGCAGGAUAAAUUUUUUUUUUAGUUAUUCAAGAGAAACUUCCAUUAUGCCAUUUUCUAUAGCUUAUAAGAUAAAGUUCAAUAUAAAAAUAUCUACAAUUAAUCCCUGA